CUUUCAAAGAUUUACACUGAACCCCUCAUACGGGAAUGUAUGCGUCGAAAGUGUGUCGAGACUCCCAAGCGACGGAACACGGUCCCCGCACGUACUUUCCUGAUGCCCCAUAUACGAUGAGCACCUCACUUACUCCUACAGUACGUUGGAGUUACAUUCCAUACUCUACGCAUUUAGAUGUUUUUGCAUCCCCUCAUCCCAGUGGUCCUGCACCCUACCUCUUACGGAACGUUUGUUCAAAUUCAAGCGAAAUGCCGAACGAAUUGAUUGACGCGCAAAGCGUCCACAUAGUGGAAAAUAACCCGCAUAGAGCUCCCUGCGCUGCUGAAGAGGGUGAGGGGAGAAUGGAGUGGUGCUCGUUGGUCGACGGGACUUUGACCGAGUGGAUGAUGUCUCCGGCAGGGUACUCAAAGCAGCGUGAAGCGGAACGAGACAUGCCAAGUCUACCACUCGCCAAUUUGACACCACAACGAGUACAACCCAACCCGGCAUCAAUACCACAACAGCAAUCGAGUUCGUCACAUCUAAAACAUCCACAAAAUCGAAAACCUUCAAUAUCUCGGCAUGUGUCAGCCGUCAUAAAUCACUUCACUUCUGUCACGUCGGGUCCAACCCGGUUACUCUCGCACAUCGACGAUGUUAUGCACAUUAUGGAUCCCAAAUCCUACACCAUCCUUCUCGCGUCCGAUAGCUCCAAAUCUGUGCUGGGAAUUGAUCCCUCACAACUGACAUUAAAGCACACCAUGCAUUACAUAAUCCAUCCCCCCGAUUGGGACUCGUUUACUACGUCUGUUCAUCGGGCUACGCAGUCACCUGGGGAGGUUUUCUCAUGGUGGGGUCGAUAUAAAACAGUAUUGGAUAAACACCCAACAAUCUUGGUGCAUGUGCGUGGCAGGGUGGAUUCUAAUAGUGGGGCAGCUCUACUUUCUGCGCGACCUUACAAAUCCUGUGCGAUGGAGAGCAUGGAUGAUUUUUUGGAGCUUUGGCUAAGGAAUGUCAGGUUGAGACGAGACGUCGGGGAGUUAUUGCGAGGGAGGCAGGGAGAGCCGGUGCCUGCUGUUGCGGUUGAGAUCAAAGAUGAGCGCGACCGGGGACACGAGCAACGCAGGUUUAGUGUUGACUCCGUGUCUAGAAGAAAUACGUAUCUUGGUCGACGGGGCAGUGUCACUUCCACGGAGGGAGAUUUGCCAACUCCAACAGCGAGCUCUGGCCGACGGAAACAUCAUUCACGACAAUUCUGCCAACAUUGCGGAACAAACGAGUCCCCCGAAUGGCGGAAAGGUCCAGCGGGCCCAAAAACUCUGUGCAAUGCAUGCGGACUUGCUUAUGCGAAACGAGAGAGAAGAAAGUGCGAGAAUGGGGAGACGGGUGCUUGAAUGUAUAUAUUCUCAAAAGAUAUCAGUUUUUAUUUAUUGCCAGUGGCGAACUGGCGCUGGAGGGAAGUGAUAAUCGGUUUGCAUACAACUUGGUCAGAAAUAUUCACAUCAUAUCCAGAGCCUCAUGGAGAAUGUCCAUAUCUUUAAACCUCAUUAUACAUAAACAUUAAUAAUCUA